UAUAGAUUGCAUAAUAUCUCUCUACAUUUUCUAUUAAAAAAUUGGUAGUAUAUAUGUAUACUCUCUAGUAAUUAUCAUUUACAUGAAAUUAAUAUUAAUCAAAAUGCUGAAAAUCCAACUAAAUCGUUCGAGCUCAUUUCUUCUGGUACAUUCAGUAUGACUUCACUGAAGCAACGUGGCACUACUCAAGAACACGAACCACCACGUUUCAAAAUUCUCAUGCAGAUGAAAUAAACUAAUAGUAAUAUACAACACAGCGACGUUUAUCUAUAUCAUGUCAUAAAGCACAAACCGUAAGCUGACAAAGAAAAAACACAAACCGUAAAGAAUCUUGAUUCUCAAUUCCCUCAAAACAAAACGUUUUCAAGAAAACCAAAAAAAAACAAUGGAAGAACUAGACAUAGACCUCAAAAUCCCUGACCCAUUACGAGCCGACUGGUUCAUGGUUCUUGUAGACAUCCAAGCUGAUCUCAUCUACAACGCACUCCUCGUCUUAACCUCACCUCUCUAUCUUCUCUAUCGCUCGUACAACCGCGCAACCGCUACAAUCUCUGCCGCAGAAAGAGCGGUUAAACGCGCCCCCUCACGAAUAAAGAGCGGUGCAGCUCGGGUUAUUAGAAGGACAUGGUAUGGUCUAAUGGGUGCAUGUCAGGUGUCGAUGGUGAUGGUCUUGGCGUUGAUCAUAGCGGCUGUUCUCGGUAUUGGGGUUGUGAGUUUGUAUGUAGAAAAGCCUGUGGUUGUUAGAGAAAGACUCUUCUUCGAUUACACUGAAGAGAACCCAAGUGCGGUUUUUAGUUUCGAAAAGAAGAAGAGACCGUUUGGUGUUCCUGUUGGACAUAAGGUUCAUGUCUCCUUAGUUAUGUGGAUGCCUGAAUCUGAUCUUAACCGAAGACUUGGUUUAUUUCAGUUGAAGGUAGAGCUACUCUCAUUAAAAGGCGAGACAAUAGCGAGAUCAAGCCAACCUUGUAUGUUACGUUUCAGAAGCAAACCCAUAAGACUAGCAAGAACAUUUGUGAUGAGUGUUCCACUUGUUGCCGGAUUCGCAAACGAAGCACAAACAAUGAGAAUAGAUGCUUUAGUCCACCAAGAGAAAUGGCCAAGAACAAAAGCCGUGAGAGCGACUCUGAUUCCACGUGCACAGACUCGGUUACUGCCUCAGUUAUACGAAGCUGAGGUCGUUAUAAACUCGAAACCUCCAUGGACUAAACGAAUGGCUUAUAAUUGGAAAUGGACUCUUUACGUCUGGACUUCAAUGUAUCUAUAUGUCCCUAUUCUAGUCGCCCUUCUAUGGUGUUUUAGACCGUUCUUGUUCCCUUACGUUGCUUCAAGAACCGUUGCGGAGACUGAAAGAUUAGAGAUGGAAGUAGUUGAAGAAGUAAUGGAAAGAAGAUUGAGAGAAAGAAGGAAGACACCUCGUCGACGAACCUUCAUUACAACACGGGAAACUUAUACAUAGUAACUAAUCAUGUUCAUGUUUUUUUUGUGUUCUCAGCAAUGUACUAAACCGGUAACUGUAAUAACUGUAACAUAACCGGUCUAAAACAGAUAAACAACAGUCGCAUCAUGUAAACAUCAUGGGGAAAACACAAAACCAAAUCAAAGGCAACCAAAAACACAGUUAUGUAUUAAAC